AUGAUAAAAUGAUCAAGAAUAUUAAAAGCAUCAUGAAAGAAAUCGAAACUCCCGAAGGAAGGAACAAAUCUCUCAAUUAGUCUCAGCAAGAGAGCCAUCAUCAGAAGGAACCUCAACUUUCAGAUAAGAGAAAGGAACAAAUUAAAGUUCAAAAUUUCUUCAAAUUCUAAGAAGUCCCUUCAUAAGAAUUCAAAAAGUAGAAUAGUCAACGAGCGGAGCACUCCAAACCUAUCCAAUUCUAAGGAAAUAUUUGAGGUAAUUUCUAGACUUUUCAUCAACAAUUAUACAACAAAAGUACUAAGAUGAUUCCAAAGAAAGAACUUCGUAAAAGAUCUCCUUGAGCAGGCUCCAAAGUAAUUUUUAUCCUAUCCUAACAUGGAAUAGCCAAAAGAUAAUCUGGUUACAGAAGAUGAACCACAAAAGCCUCUGUUCGAGACAAUAGCAUGUACAAGAUCCCG